UUCAGUUGAUAACGGAUAGUCGCAGAGUUAAGACGUUCUUACCAAACAAAAAGCGGAUAGAGAGCAAAUAUAAAAUCAAAUAAGAGAUCUGUAAUAAGUUACAAUAAUAGAAGUGAGUGUGAAAAGCUUAGUAAAGAAUUUUCACAAAAGGAAAUUUAAAUCUUAAUGAGUAAAAUCGUGGGGUGGGAAGUCAUAAGAAAUAUGGAAAAACAAAUAAAUCACCUACAAAAAUAUAAACUGUGUUGAUUGUGAGCAAAAACAAAAUUUCACAAGUUUCAAUGAAAUAAAUAAACAAAAAAAAAAAAUUGCAUCUAAAAUCAAAAAGUAGUGCUGUGAAUGAAAACUGUAAACACUGACGCUGUAUGUAUACAAUUCUACAAAUUUACACCGAUUUGCUGCUUUGUUAUCUACAAUUUAAUUGUCUUUACUGCUACUCAGAACUUUGCCGCCAACCGGUGAGCAAUCAAUUGGAUUAACACAUUACAAGAAUUGCGAAACAAUAAAUAUUUAAUUUGGAGCAUAACGUUUAAGAUGCAUGCGGAAAAUAUGGACUGAAGCAUAAAUAACUACAAAUAUUGAAAAAAAAGAAGUGUGAAAACUUGUGUCAAAUAAAUAGUCAUACAUUUAACCAGCGUGUUUUCUAGCUUAGAGUAAAGGGCUCAGUAUGGAUGAGUUUCCUGUAGUGCAGGUACCAGCAAAUGAGUUGCUCGAAGAGCAAGAGUUCGAACGUUUGUACGCUGCUCCUUGGCAAAUAGUCGUCAUACUUUCUAUAUUUUAUGGUACAGUCAGCUUUUUCGCAGUUUUUGGCAAUGCUUUAGUAAUUUGGAUUGUGGCGCGAUCUAGACAAAUGCGCACUGUCACCAAUACGUAUAUAGCGAAUUUGGCUGUGUCUGAUGUCAUCAUCGGUGUCUUUUGUAUACCCUUUCAGUUCCAAGCCGCUAUCUUACAACGUUGGAAUCUACCUGAUUUUAUGUGCGCUUUUUGUCCUUUCGUGCAAACUUUGAGCGUAAAUGUGUCUGUGUUUACAUUGACAGCCAUUGCAAUAGAUCGCCACAGAGCAAUCAUCAAUCCCCUGAGAGCACGUCCUUCGAAAUAUAUUUCCAAGUUCAUAUUAUUGGGAAUUUGGUUACUCGCUAUCAUAUUCGCCUGCCCUAUUGCCAUUGCUUUUCGCGUUGAGGAGGUGCACGAGCGUUACAGGGAAAAUGGUGUCCUACUUAAUGCUACACGGCCUUUCUGUACGAAUAUUAAUCUCACGGAAGAACAACUGAAGGCGUACCGUUAUGCAUUGGUAGUUGUACAAUAUUGCGUUCCAUGCUGUGUGAUCUCCUUCGUUUACGUGCGAAUGGCCGUUAAACUGUGGCUGACGCAAACACCGGGCAAUGCGGAGGAUGCGCGAGAUAUGGCGUUGAUGCGAAAUAAGAAGAAAGUCAUAAAAAUGCUGAUCGUAGUUGUGAUUGUAUUUGGCAUCUGCUGGUUGCCAUUACAACUAUAUAAUAUUCUCUAUGUGACAUUCCCAGAAAUAAAUGAAUAUCAUUUCAUCAGUAUUAUUUGGUUUUGUUGCGAUUGGCUGGCGAUGAGUAAUAGUUGCUAUAAUCCCUUCAUUUAUGGCAUUUACAAUGAGAAAUUCAAACGCGAGUUUAAUAAACGUUUCCAUCAUUGCUUCUACAAAUUCCGCGUUAAAGGUGAUAUGCACGAGCGUACGCUCUCCAUGCAUACCCGAGCCACGUCGUUACGCUCUAAUUUCGCCAAUUCCUCAAUGCGUAUACGCAACAACAAUUUGUACGGUGAAGCGGCAACUGGCGGUCAAGGUACUGCAAAUAUUUACUACACAUAUCGUUAUUCCAAUGUGAGGCACAGCGGCAACGGCUAUGGUAGCAACAACAACAACGGCCAUAGGAAUAGUGGAAGUAACGGUGCUGCUUACAAUGUUAUAACCUUCGCUAAUAGAAAUGUACGCUUGCAUGAAUGCAGUAGCAGAAGCAGUGAGGAAUUGAGUAACAAUGCAUGCAGUGGCGCUGGAACCAGCACACAGAGUAUACCACAAUGGCGGCGUAACAAUUUCAGACCAUUAUACGCAGAUGUAGCUGAAUGUGAGGAUAAUAUGGACACAUUAUUGCAAUCGACACCCACUUCAGAGGAGCCGAAUACCAGUUCGGUAUGUAGUAAUAUGAUAGGCGUAAGCGGCGGACCGGGUUUCAUAUUCAAGCCGAAGGGUGAAAGAUAGCUUAGGUAUCUUACGCGAUGACAGAGUUACAUGACAUCCAUAUUGCGUUGUAACCUGGAAAUGGAUACUAGCACGUGAGCGUAUGCGCCCUACGAGUCAGCGCUGCUAAAUUAAGCUCCUAAGAGCAAUUUUGUAAGCUAUUAUGGGAUCUAAUGUGCUGCGCCGACUCGAAUAUUGGACAAGCUUGUCGGCCAAUAAUGACAAUAAACUGUUGAUUUCAUUUCGGAACUAAAGGAAAACGUUUUGACGACAGGCGGCGUGGGCACCGUAAAAAUUAAAGCCUGACAUUUCCUCGUGCGUACCUAUAUGCUUUGUACAGCGUGUAGAAUGUGGCCGAUCGUUGAACUUAAAGCAUUUACUGAGAGACAUUUCGUUGUAGGAAAUAAUAUGUAUGUCAGCUAGUUUAUUGCAGCCGCGAUGCAGCACUUGAUUCUAUGAAAGAAGCGAAAGAGUAUUCGAAAUAUUUUAUUUCAAAUGAAAAAAAUUAAUAUCAAUCGUUGUACGAUUUUAUAUAAUGCGUAACAUUCUCUGUGGUUUAUACGAUUGUAAUUUUUUCGAAUUUUUUAUAUUUAAAAACAAUUUGUCCAAUUU